CUGCUCUAGUUCCUUUCAAUUCCAUCAAUCGACCUAGACGCAGAGCAGAUCCGCGGCCGAUCCAUGGAGGCCGACGGGCUUGACGAGUUCUACAAGCUCCACCAGUUCAAGCCUUCCAAGGAGAAUGCCGUGACCUACUUCCUGCCGCGCCUCCUGGCCGGCUCGCCGCUGCCGCACGGCGCCGACAUGCUCAUCCGCCACGCCGACGUCUACGCCUGCGAGCCCAAGGACCUCGCCGCCGAGUACGCGCCCGUGCCCUCGGCCGUCCGCACCGGCGACCGCUUCUUCUUCACGACCUGCAAGCACAAGAGCGGGAGCGACACCCGGAUCGCGCGCCUCGCCGGCGCCGGCACCUGGGCCGUCCAGAGGACCGAGGACGUCUACGAGGAGGGAGCCAAGGUCGGCGAGGUCAAGCACCUGUCGUUCAAGAAAGGCAAGGUGAGCACCGGCUGGGUCAUGGAGGAGUACCGGUGCCUGCGGCCCGAGGCCCUUGUGGCCGACGGGGAGAAGGUGCUCUGCAAGAUCCAUUUGGCUCCGAAGGCGAACGCCGCCGCCCGACAGGAAUCUGACGCGUACAAGCUUCGUCCAGAACCAGCAGAGCCGCCGGUGGCCGUGACCGCGAGCGCGCACGCGCAGAAGAGGCAAGCUCCGGUCGCCACCGCCGAUCUCAAUCUGUCAAGCUCCAAGAAGAUGCGAAUCGACACCCCUGUCCACACACCUGAUGAGAAAGAGUACGAGGAAUGUCCGGUGUGGUUCACGCCUCCUGCAUCCGUUUCCUUGCCAACUGCGUACACCUUCGCUGCUCAAGCUGACGCCGACAUGGGGAUGGGGCGCUUCUCUUGCUCAUGGGAAGAGCUUCUCGGCAUACAGCAACAGGAGCAAACUCACCCUAUACAAGACUUGGACAUCGACGAGCUUGUGGCAUCAAUUGACUUGGAAUCAGAGGACCAGCUAAGGCCUUGGGAUGAUGACUGGGAAUCAGCGGAGCAAACUCUCCCUGACGACGAAGCUGAGAACAACGUCCAGCAGCUUGUUCUUGAUGAAGACAUCGAACAGCUCGACAUCGACCAGCUUGCGGCACCAACUGACCGGGACUCACUGGACCUGCAAAGCCCUUGGGACGAGGAAGAAGCAGAUCCACAAGAUCGUCGCAUGGUACAGCAGGAGGAGCAGACUCUCCCGAUCGAAGCUGGGAACAACGUCGCCAAGCUUGUGGCGUCAAUUGACUGGGAAUUCGCAGAGGAGCUGCAAUGCCUUUUGGCUGAUCAUGAAGAGGAAGCAGCAGAGCUCUACAGGCGGUGCAAUUUCAAUUCCGCCGCCGCCGAUCUUCACGCUCCAUCGCUUGAGGGACGCAACCAGUUCUUCUCGUUUGGAGCUGUCAACUAAAUCCGAUGUUGAUGAAAUUAUUUGCCAAGUGUACUGUCGUUGAGGAUACUGACUUACCGCUGUUGUGUUAUGUUAGUGUGUCUCCAUGUACGAUCCUCAUGGAUGUUGUUCUCGC